CAAAGAAUUUAUAAAUAGAAAGUAAAAAAUAGAUAGCAGCUUCAACGGCUCUUUUAAAACGGUAAUAAAUGGCUAUUUUAAAAUGGCUAUAUUAUUUACUGUACAAAUACUAAUUUUCAUCUUCAAUAAUUCUCAUCUUGAAAUUUACUAGAAUCAACCUCCCAAGAAUAUUAUUGAACAAAAAAAAAAAAAAUACUUAAAAAUAUUACAAAUUACAAUGGGUUUGCUUAAAGCUAAUAAAGGCCUAAUUUGCAAACCCAAGUCAAAAUUUGGGCUGCCCACAUGUUUGGCCCUUUUCGUGAUAGUUUUAAAAAAAGAGAGAAUCCCGCUCAACUCUCAUUUCGAACACUCUUUCUCUCUCUAAAACUCACUUUCUCUCUCUAGACGCCCGGCGGAGUUAUCACAGAGCGCGAGAGAUAUGGCGACAAACAUUGGAAUGAUGGACUCAGCUUACUUCGUUGGCAGAUCAGAGAUAUUGGCAUGGAUCAACUCAACCCUCCAACUCAAUCUCUCCAAAGUCGAAGAGGCAUGUUCUGGUGCCGUACACUGCCAGCUGAUGGAUGCGAUUCAUCCUGGAAUUGUAUCAAUGCAUAAAGUCAACUUUGAGGCCAAGAACGAGUAUGAAAUGAUACAGAACUACAAGGUUCUCCAAGACGUUUUCAAUAAACUCAAGAUCACCAAGCAUAUAGAGGUGAACAAGCUAGUGAAAGGAAGGGCCCUAGAUAAUCUGGAGUUCAUGCAAUGGAUGAAGCGAUACUACGAUUCUGUUAGCGGAGGUGCUCUCCACAGUUACAAUCCUUUGGAAAGAAGAGAGGCUUGCAAAGGAGGAAAAGACGUGGCCAGGAAAUCUGCAUCAUCACAAUCUUCAACCAAGUCUUCAACAGCUGUCCACAAAACUCAGUCCUCUCACAAUGCUCGUAAGAAUGAUGCAUCUUCUGUAAACACUACAAAUCAGUCUGCUAAGGCCUCUAAACCUUCUAGUGGAGGGGCUGAAUAUGAACAACAGAUCACAGAAUUGAAGCUGUCAGUGGAUAGUCUAGAGAAAGAGAGGGACUUCUACUUUGCUAAGUUGAGGGAUGUUGAGAUCUUGUGCCAAUAUCCCGAAAUUGAAAGUCUACCGGUUGUUGAAGCAAUAAAGAGGAUAUUGUAUGCUACGGAUGAUAAUGCAUCAGCAGUGGCAGAAGCUCAAGCAAUGAUAUCCCAGCAGAGGAAGACAGCAGAGCCAUUGAGUCCUGUUUCUGAGGUGCUAGAAGACAGACCAAAGACAGAUACUCAGAAGAGGAAAAAUAUUAUCAAUGUUGAUGUUGAUGCUGUUGCCAGCACUAUAUUAUCUCCAAGGAAAAGGAUUUCUGAUGCUUCUGAUGUCCACUGCAAUGGAUCGCCCCUUAUGACUUGCUGAUCAUCUCCAAAUUUUGAGCCAUGGUUGUGUGAUUCUAUCUGGUUAAUAGAAUGAUUUUGUGUCACCAUCUUGCCGUUUAUCUGCGUUCCUAGUUGAUGUGUCAAAACCAGUUUGGCCAUGUUGUUGCAGCGUCAUGGGAUAUAGUCAUAAGCCAAAAAGGUUUAGCGUGCAUCCUGCUUUUUUGAUGUCCUCUACGAGGUAUGAUGAUACGAUAUCUCUUCACUUCAAGGCUACUUUCAGUUUGUUUUCGUGUUGUGAGAGGUUCAAGGGAGUUUAUGGAGUUGCUCUAUUAGGGCACCAGCAUAUCUAUACAAUUUUAAAGCCGUACUGUAUACUUCAAUACAAUCAUACACACCGCCCAGUAACUUGGAUUAUAGGAACUGGAUUGAUGAACUUAUUAUGUUUCCCCCUUUUCUUCUUUACUGCUGUUCUCCUAUAAUGAUUGAGCCUCUCUAUUCAUAUAUUUACGUUUGACAAUGUUAUAUAGCAGCCAUAUAUUAUUGUAAGCUGAUUUAUGAUUUAUAUGAUGGCACUUGUAAAAUGGUUACAAGUUACCUAUAUUAAUCUUCUUUUAUUUACAGUGAUUGGUAAUAUAUUUUUCAUUCUCUGCCCUUAUAGCUAGAGAGGUGUGAAAAGCUGUGUUAAACUAAAAUGCCUAUUGAAGGUCAUUGGCAUGAAAUCCAAACACAUUGAAGAUUAUGAUAAUUGGUUGUACAUUUUUUUGGUGCUUUCAA